AUGGCUGCCUACUUCCAGGCUGAGAAUGUUGUAGAUCCCUCAUUACUGGGAGCAUUGGUCGGGCCAAUGCUGUCUGUGUCAGGCGGCCAGCGGUCCCGACAGACUGGCGAGGCCAUGGGCGCGCCCUGCCCCCACCUCGGCAUUCCCUUAGGCCAACGGCCCUGGGCGCAAGAUACCCCGGCUGCCCCUUUUACCAGCACAGACGUCGAAUACGUCGACGAUGAAGGCGGGAACCUCCAGUUCACAGACAAGGUUCACUCCAGGACCCUGGCCGAGGGCUUGCGCCGACUCGUCAACACCAAAGCGGGGCCCAGCGACCUGACAUGCCAUCUGACAGAACGCGGCUGCGCCAAAGUCUUCCAAAGCAACUCCCUCAUCUACGACUUCGAAUGCGAGGACGUCUUCAAGAAAAUUCGGAACUUGCGACUGGCCGGAAAGUUCUGCGACUUGACGGUAAAAGUCGGGAAGCUGGACAUCCCGUGUCACAGGAUGGUCUUAGCGGCUUUCAGUAACUACUUUGAGCUGAUGCUCUUCGGAGACUUCGUGGAAAGUAAAAACGACUACAUUUGGCUUCGGGACGUCUCGGCACCUGUGGUGAAUGAAAUCAUGGACUACGCGUACUCCGGAGAGAUCACCAUCACCAGUAAGAACGUGGAGACGCUGAUGCACGCCAGCUCCAUCUUCCAGCUCGCGCCGCUCGCCAAGGCCUGCUGUGAGUUUCUCCGGCGGCAGCUGGACGUGGAGAACUCGGUCGGCAUCAUGAAGUUUGCCGAUCUGUACACGCGCAAGAAGCUCGCAGACGAGGCACGUGCGUACGUCCUAGAGAACCUGCCACAGGUGUCGUGUUCGGAAGAUUUCCAGCAGCUGAGUCUGGAGGACAUGGAGAGCAUAGUGACAGACAGGGCGUGUCGCUGGGGCAGGGAGACCGUCUUCGAGGCCGUCAUGAAAUGGGUCAGGCCUGACGACACGGGUCUCAGGGAGCACCUUCCACGACUCCUCAAGAAAAUGAAACUAAGACUGAUCAAUGAAGGAUACCUCGAGAACACAGUUAAGACGUCAGCGGUAGUUCUGAGGUCGAAGGAAGCCAUGGAGGAAGUGGGGAGGGCAGAGAACGAAAUAAGUGAACGCAAGAAGAAAACAUUUUCAACUCAGGUGGUGGUGCAGGUAGGCGGCAUCAGCGGUGGAGAACAGCCGGGAUGUCAGAGUGACAAAGUCAGCCAUGUUGACGUCCUGGAGCCCGACAGUAAGUGUUGGGCCAUCAUCUCGUCUCUGCCGGACAGAAUCAAGUACUGCCACCACGCCGUGUCGGCCUGGGACAACGACAUCUACAUCUUAGCCGUUUUCGACGAGAAGGGACGGUCGGAGUUUUGGCGGUUUGCGACGCAGACGAACAUGUGGUACCGGCUGCCCGACCCUCUGCUACAGCGCGUACGUCAGGGCCGCGUCCGCCUCGAAACGCUGAACGGCCGCGUUUACGCCAUCGGGGGCAUGACGGAGGUAUCAAGUUUCGAAGACUGUUUCGAGGCUUACGAUCCCUGCGCGAACUCGUGGAAGAAACUGCCCAGAAUCCUGAAAUCUGUGAGGAAAAUCGCGACAGCGGUCUGUAGCGGGAAGUUGUUCGUGUUCGGUUACCAAGGCGACGACCCACAAGAGCGCGAGAUGGAGGUGCAAUGUUACGAUCCUGGGAACGAGACGUGGGACGUGGAGUCGGUGAGCUCGUACCACGGCGGGAAGAGGCAGUACCAGGCCAUCGGGCUCGGCAGGAAGAUCUACAUGAUGCCCAUAUUAGGCAGUCCCCGCCCCAAAGAACAGCCACCUGCAGUGCGGCAUGACGACGCUAGGGGACGGGAUUAUCAUCACCGGCGGGAGGGACACCUUCGAGGCGGCGUACCUGACUCCGGGUUUUGA